AUGAGCUCCGAGAUCGGGGGCCCGGUGCCUCGCAGCCCGGCCUCCAUGAACCAGCCGCCGCCGCCGCUGCCUCCCUCCGCCCUGGAGACGUCCAGCACCGGCAGCAGCACUUCGACAACCCCCGGCGGCGGCGGCGCCGGUAGCGGCGCUUCCGCGCCCGCGCCCUCCAAAGCCAAGAAGGCCAGCUCGGGGCUGCGCCGUCCGGAGAAGCCGCCUUACUCCUACAUCGCGCUGAUCGUGAUGGCCAUCCAGAGCUCGCCUUCCAAGCGGCUGACGCUGAGCGAGAUCUACCAGUUCCUGCAGGCCCGCUUCCCUUUCUUCCGCGGCGCCUACCAAGGCUGGAAGAACUCGGUGCGGCACAACCUCUCCCUCAACGAGUGCUUCAUCAAGCUGCCCAAAGGGCUGGGCCGGCCGGGCAAAGGCCACUACUGGACCAUCGACCCGGCCAGCGAGUUCAUGUUCGAGGAAGGCUCCUUCCGACGACGCCCGCGGGGCUUCCGAAGGAAGUGCCAGGCGCUCAAGCCCACCGUCUACCACCGCGUGGUGAACGGGCUCGGCUUCCUCCCGCAGGGCUUCGACUUCCAGGCGCCCCCGGCCGCGCCCCUGGGCUGCCACCCCGGCGGCUACAACCCCCUGGAGGUGAUGCAGGCCGGCGCUGCCUACGAGGCCCACCACGUCCCGCACAUGUCGCCUAACCCGGGCUCCACGUACAUGGCCAGCUGCCCCGUGCCGUCUAACGGGCCGGACUACGGGCCGGACAGCAGCAGCAGCCCGGUGCCUUCCUCGCCGGCCAUGGCCAGCGCCAUCGAGUGCCACUCGCCCUACGGCAGCCCGGCCGGACACUGGACUGCCUCGGCGGCCUCGCCCUAUCUCAAGCAGCAGGCCCUGCAGCCGCCGCCGCCGCCGUCCGCCGCCGCCGCCCCGGCCGGCCUCCACUCGGGAAUGGCCUCCUACUCGCUGGAGCAGAGCUACCUGCACCAAAACGGCAGGGAAGACCUCUCAGUGGGCCUGCCUCGGUACCAGCACCACCCCAGCCCAGUGUGCGACCGGAAGGAUUUCGUCCUCAACUUCAACGGCAUCUCGUCCUUCCACCCCUCGGCCAGCAGCUCUUACUACCACCACCACCAUCACCACCACCAGACCGUCUGCCAAGACAUCAAGCCCUGUGUGAUGUAA